CAAUGUUGAUAUUAAAACUAAUUUAAAAUUGAGGUUAUAGUCGAGGUGGUACACAUGUGUUUUUAAAUAAUUUUAAGAAAAUGGUGCGACAUAACAAUCAGUUGCCUAACAAUCUUACGCAACUGCAAAAUUUAAUAAAAAGAGAUCCUGAUUCAUAUAAAGAUGAAUUUCGACAACAGCUUGCACACUUUGAAACAACACUCGAAAUAUUUAACUUGAAUCCAACUCAGUAUAACAAAAAAUUAGAUGAACAAGCUAUGUUUUUAGCGCAAGUCACGCAGUGUUAUCAAGCCGAGAUGAAAACUUUUCCUCAAAAGAUAGUUGACAUCUUAAAAACGCAUAAUACAGUAAUGCAUAGUGACAUGAGACUAGCCUUGUGCAAAUGCUUGAUAUUGAUCAGAAAUAAAAAUUUUAUAUCAGCUUUUGAUUUGCUUGAAUUGUUUUUUUCACUAAUUAAAUGUCAAGACAAACAUUUAAGAGAAUAUCUCAAGACUCAUAUUAUUACUGAUAUCAAGAAUAUGAAUAUGAAACAUAAAGAUAUGAAGUUGAAUUCAACUCUUCAAAAUUUUAUUUUUUCAAUGUUGCGAGAAUCAAAUACAAAAAUGGCUAAAUUAGCUAUUGAUAUAUUGAUUGAACUUUAUCAUAAGAAUAUCUGGAAUGAUCAUAAAACUGUAAACAUUAUUGCUGAUGUGGGAUGUUUCACUAAAGUCACAAAGGUAAUGGUUGCUUCCUUAAAAUUUUUCUUAAGCCGAGAAGAAGAGGAAAAACCUGAAUCUGAUAGCGAUGAUGAAGUGGAUCCUCGUGAUACGAUGAUUGCGAACAAGUUUAACAAGAAAACAAGAAAAAGAGAUAAAAUGGUAGAUAAAGUUAAAAAAAUUGCAAAGAAAAUCAAAAAAAGAAAAGAAAAGGCACCAAUAUUUAAUUUCUCUGCUCUUCAUCUUAUCAACAACCCACAGGGCUUUGCUGAGAAAUUAUUUAAACAAAUAGAAUCUUCAAAUGAAAGGUUUGAAGUUAAACUAAUGACUUUAGAUGUGAUAUCAAGAUUAAUUGGGUUACAUAAUCUUUUUUUGUUCAAUUACUAUCCCUUUAUUGCAAGAUUAUUAAUGCCACAUCAGAGAGAAGUUACACGAAUUUUACAGUUUGCAGCGCAAUCAGCUCAUGAAUUAGUUCCACCAGAGGUAAUUGAACCCAUAAUGAAAGCAAUUGCUAAUAACUUUAUUACGGAAAGAAAUUCAACUGAUGUUAUGGCAGUUGGACUAAAUGCUGUCAGAGAAAUUUGUGCCCGUUGCCCCUUAGCUAUUGGAGAAGAUCUUUUAAGAGAUCUUGUUCAAUAUAAGACUUAUAAAGAAAAAUCAGUUAUGAUGGCUGCUAGGUCUCUAAUUCAAUUAUAUAGGCAGUCUAUGCCUAGCCUUUUACACAAAAGGGAUAGAGGUAGACCAUCAGAAGCUUCAAUAGAACUGAAAACAAAAAAAUAUGGAGAGCUAGAAAUAAAAGAUUAUAUACCAGGCUCUGAAGUCUUAUUAGAGAAAGAAGAAAUUAAAGAAAAGAAAGGUAAAAAGAAAACUAAAAAUAAGGCAGAAGACUCUGAUGAUGAUUGGAUUGAUGUUGCAUCAUCAGAUUCGGAAAUAAAUAUAGCAACAGACAGUGAAGAUGAAAACUCUGAAGAUGAAGAAAUUGAAGAAGAAGAAGAAGAAAGUGAUGAGGAGGAUAAUGAAGCUGAAGAUGAAGAAAAACAAAAUGAAACUGAUAACAAAAUAGAUCCAAAUGAGAGUAUUAAAUCCAGAAAAAUCUUGAAAGCAAAAAAGAGUUCCACUAAACCGAAUAUUGAAGAAAAAAUUAAAGUUGCUAGAGAAGUUGCAAUGGAGAAAAUUUUCACAGAUGAAGAUUUUAAAAGAAUAGAGACCGCCCAGCUAAAGAAAUGUGUCAGUGGUGUAAAGCGUAAUAGAAGCAUAGUGGAAGAAGAAGAUGAGUCAACGGAGUUAGUUCAGCUUUCUGCAAUUGAAAAUAUACACAAAAAAAGAAAGCAUGAUAAAAACGCGAGGCUAGAGUCAGUUUUAAAAGGAAGAGAAGAAAGGGAGAAAUAUGGUUACAGAGACCGCAGAAAGAAUGCAAACUGCUCAAAAACCAACAGAGAAAAGAAGAAGACAAAAUCUUAUCAAAUGGUCAAACACAAGGCAAGAGGAAAAAUUAAGAGGUCAUUUAAAGAAAAACAAAUUGCAUUCAGGAAUUAUUUGAUCAAACAAAAAAAAAUGCGUUAAGAAAAUAAAAAAUAGCCUUUUAUUUAAUUAGUAUACUUUUUUU